GCAGAUAACCAAAAUUUCAAUCAACAUUAUUUUAAUAUUUUUCAAGAUUCUCCAGAUAAAUAAUAUCCAUAAUAUAAAAAAUAUGGCUGUAGUGCAAAUAAAGUUAAAAUUUAUUGCUUAGGAUCCAGUGGUAUUUUUGUUAUAAUCAAAGUGUAUUAUGGAAAGAACUUUAACAAAAUUCGCUGUAUAUACCCGAAUUUGUGUGAUAAUACUGCAGUAUUUUAGUAAUAUUUUAAUUCCUGAUCACGUAGCUGACGCCUUCGUUUAUCCACAGGCCAGUAAUAUUAGUUAUAAUGUUAUUGACAGUGUUGUGCGCCACACCUUAAGAGGUUUUGUGAGAUGGGACGCUCAGUAUUUCAUGCACAUAGCAACAUAUGGAUAUACGUUUGAAAAUACUCUCGCCUUUUUUCCACUUUAUCCUCUACUGUCCAGACUGUGCGCUUUAGUGGUUUGCUCAGUUUUUCCUUGGAUGAGCCUAGACUCUGUUCUGCUGUUAGUGUUUAUAGGACUAAAUAUUAUUUUGUUUGUUCUUUCUGCUAAGGCACUUUUCAAAUUGACUACAAUUUUUUCGAAUAAGACAGUAGCUUAUAAAAGCACAUUACUUUUUUGUAUCAAUCCCGCGUCAAUAUUUUUUAGUGCGCCGUACUCCGAAUGCCUGUUCUACUAUUUAACAUUGCAGACCGUACUAAAUUCUAUAGUACUAUAUAAAACAUAUUCUAAGGUGAAAUUCAAGGUAGAUUAUCGUCAUAUUUUGUAUAUAUUACCUAUAGGCUUGAGCGCAGUGGUAAGAUCUAAUGGUAUACUAAAUAUAGGUUUUCUUGUUUACGCUUACAUUUGUAUAUGCAUUAAACAUUGGCCAAGAAACAAUUUUAUUAGAAGAAUAAUUUUUAUAACAAAAGCAAUGUUUAUUAUUUCAUUAUUGACAAUAAUUUGCUUACUUCCAUAUUCUGUUUAUCAAGUUUAUUGUUACUACAUGUUCUGUAGAAAUUUUGAUAUAGAACUUCCUUCGAAUAUAGUCGUUUCUGCUCGAAGAAAUGAUUAUGUUUUACCCGGACAGUUUUCUAAGUAUAAUCAAUCCUGGUGCUACGACAGAAUACCUCAUGCAUACUCCUAUGUGCAAAAUCAUUACUGGAAAGUGGGAUUUUUAAAGUACUACGAGUUAAAACAGCUGCCAAACUUUUUACUUGCUGCUCCAGUUUUAAUCAUUCUGAUAAAAAUGUCAUGUCAACAUAUUAUACACAAUGCGAGCAAAAAUGUUAUCCAUAUUUUUAGUUUUGAUAAGUUAUUUAAUAAGAAAAAAGAGGUGGAUAUAAAAUGUAAUCCAAUUCUGAAUGUUUUUGUAAUUCAUAUGAUGUUUUUAUUAUUAUUUUGUAUCUCAUUUGUACAUAUUCAAGUAUCAACAAGAAUGUUAUGUUCAGCUUCCCCCUUGUUCUACUGGUAUUGUGCUAGUUUCUUCAAAGACACAACUUUAGGUAGCUUUAGUGAUGCAUUUUCCAGAAAAAUUUCAUUAGGAGAGUAUAUUAUUAUAGUAUAUUUUUUAAGUUAUUUUUUUGUUGGAACUGUAAUGUUUUGUAACUUUUUACCUUGGACAUAA